CAAUCAUCAUUCUCCAUAAUAUCAUUUCCUUCUUCCUCCCUUCACCUAUCUGUAGGAAAAACCCACAAUUCUAUCUCCUGCAGUAAGACUUUCACCAUGUCGUAUUACCCUUUAAAGUACCAUCUUUUCAUCCCCACAGAUCAUCACCUCCAAAGUACUUUUCCCAUGCCCCAUUUUCCCCCUUGCCACCAUCCUAUUCCAUUAUAUAUUGAGAAUGACUUGUGGGUGUGAUGGGUAUUUGGGAGCUCAACCACAUUCUUUGCCUCUGUUUUUCUGGGUACAAGAAAAAAUAUGGGGUUUCUUAGAAGUGAGGGUGUGGUUUACAAGCCUGUUGAUGAGCUUGAUGACAAUGAUGAAGUUUAUAUUAGCCCCAUUGUUACAGCUCCACGUCUGGCUGGAUUUUUGGUCAAACUCUUUGUUUGGUUUCUGGAGUGCAGGAUAAUAGGAACUAUUAUAGUGUACUUCCUCAAGAAAGACAAUUUGAUUCAUAAGCUUGUUUCAUAUGCCGAGCUGGAAGAGUCACCUGUAUAUGUUCCGUUACAUCCUUCUGAAGACCCCCCUGAGCAAGAAGUACGAUGCACCAAAUCUAACAAUCCAUGUGAACGAGUACAUGAGGUGUUGGAAUGCCUGCCUUCUACUUCUUCAGGAAGUAUUUCAAGUGAGACAAAUCCUUGGUUUCGACGCCGGACAAUAAUGGACUACUCAGAAGCCUACAAAUCUGGAGUGAUGACUCCAAGCAUGGUGGCAGAGAGAUUCAUUAGAGCUGUUGAACUAUCAUCUAAUCCUAAAUGCAAUAUGGCAUUCUUUAUUAGUUGUGACGCCAAGAAUAUUCUGGAGCAAGCUGCUGAGUCUACUCUUCGUCAUGCAAGAGGAGAACCACUUUCAGUUCUGGAUGGAGUGCCAAUAGCCAUUAAAGAUGAAAUAGAUUGCGUCCCUUAUCCAACUACAGGAGGUACAAAAUGGCUGCACAGGUUUAGAACCUGCAAAAAUGAUGCUUGUUGUGUCGAGCGUCUGAGAUCAUGUGGUGCAUUACUUAUUGGGAAAACCAACAUGCAUGAGCUUGGUGCUGGGACAAGUGGGAUAAAUCCUCACUAUGGGGUUACUCGAAAUCCUUAUGAUACCAGUCGGAUAACUGGUGGCUCUUCUAGUGGAUCUGCUGCAGUUGUUUCUGCAGGAUUAUGUCCUGUUGCUCUUGGUGUUGAUGGCGGCGGGUCAGUCCGUAUGCCUGCAGCUCUAUGUGGUGUUGUUGGUUUCAAGCCAACUUUUGGACGUGUGCCUCAUACAGGAGUACUUCCUCUGAACUGGACAGUUGGGAUGGUUGGAAUUUUAUCUGGCACAGUUGAAGAUGCUUUAAUAACUUAUGCAGCUAUUAGCGGCCAACACCUCUUAGACCGUCCUACAGUUUUGGCGCCUAAAGUAAAACUGCCUCUGCUGAAUCCAAAGACAUCAAUUGGUGAUAUCAAAUUGGCGAAGUAUGGGAAGUGGUUUGAUGACUGUCAUGCUGAUAUCAAACUUUCUUGCUACCGUGCUCUUGACAAGCUUCGGAAUUGUUAUGGAUGGGAGACUAUGGAGGUGACAAUACCGGAGAUAGAAGCAAUGAGACUGGCACACUAUAUAACAAUAGGAUCUGAGUGCACUGCUGCUCUUGACCAUCUUCGGCAGAAAUUCGACUCUGCGGAACUUGGAUGGGAUGCACGAGUGGCGCUUUCUAUAUAUAGUGCUUUCGAUGGCAUGGAGUAUAUUAAAGCCCAGAAAGUCAGAAACCGUCAGAUGCAUUUCUAUAACAAAAUCUUUUCCAGGGCAGAUGUUAUUGUCACUCCGACAACUGGUGUAACUGCAUACCAGAUCAAGAAUGAUGCUUUAGAAACCGGUGAACUCGAUUACAUUAAUGGAGCUGCAAUGGUACGCUAUCAAAUAGCAGGAAAUUUCCUUGGCCUUCCUGCAGUUACUGUACCGAUUGGAUAUGAUGAAGCAGGGUUGCCUAUCGGCCUGCAAUUUAUCGGGAAACCUUGGGCUGAAGCAACAUUAAUUCACAUAGCUUCUGCAGUCCAGGCUCUGUGCAUUCUGGACUACAAGAAGCCAGCAGUUUUUUACGACCUGUUCAACUCAGUAUGAUCAGAUUUGACCUUCAUCAAGGCGUAGUCCAAGCUUCAGAGUAAUACUGCUGUGCCUGGGAGAUGAAUAGGCCGGGCAAUUUGUACUGAAAAACUAUUUAGUUACUGUUAAAAAUAUGAUUGAGCUUAAUUGUUAAGUGAUUAUAGUUGGAAAUAUCAUUUGUUAAUACAUUCUAUUUGGAUAAA